AUGAGCAAUAUCUUCAAGGAGCGAUUUGACAGGCUCAUCGAAGGACGCUUCUUCUUCACGACUGAGGAACCUUUUGAGGACCUGCUGCGCCGCACCAAAGCUGUGCUCGAAGGACACUUUGUCCUCAGCUCGGGCUUGCACAGUUCGCACUACAUCCAAUGCGCCCGCACGUUGCAACAUCCGAAGCAUGCCGAGGCGUUGGGGGGUUGUCUGGCGGACAGAUUCCAAGAUUACGCGGUGGAUGCGGUCAUCUCGCCGGCCCUGGGCGGCCUCAUCAUCGGGCACGAAACAGGGCGGGCGCUCGGCGCGCGGGCGAUUUUUGGCGAACGCGACAACGGCGCGAUGACCUUGCGGCGGGGGUUCGGGCUGCAACCGGGUGAACGGGUGGUAAUCAUCGAAGAUGUCAUUACGACCGGCGGUUCGGUGCGCGGUCUGAUUCGUCUGGUGGAGGACCUUGAGGGGAUUGUGGUGGGGGUCGGAGCCAUCCUCGACCGCAGCGGCGGCCAAGUCGACCUGGGCGUGCCGCUGAACGCCUUACUCACCAUGCAGGUGCCUACCUAUCAACCCGAGGCGUGUCCCCUGUGCCAGCAGGGCAGUUCGCCGGUGAAGCCCGGAAGCCGACAGCAGGGAGCGGGGGGCUAG